AUGGUCUGCCCUCAAGGCGAUCUACCGCCGAUCCUUGAGCACAAAACAUACAUCUGCUACAGAGAGCGAUGGUAUGUUCUUCUAACGGUUUGUUUGUUGGCUCUGUCAAACGCAACGGUAAGAAUUUCACAAUUUUUACAAUUUAAAUUUAAUUAAACUCAUGCGUAAUAAUUUGGAAUUGAUUAGGACACUUCGUAUGUCUUUGUCGUUUAUUCUCUAAAGCUUUUUUUCAGAUAUGGAUAUCAUAUGCGCCGUUACAUGAAGCCACCACAAAGUUUUAUUGCGUCAAAGACGGGUCUGAAUGUGACGUCAUCUACUGGACUUCGCAGAUUUUUCAGAUCGUGGGUGUUGUUACGGGAAUUUUCGGGAUGUAUGUAACUGAUCGUUAUGGGAUACGGAUGUCGGCAAGUGACCAUAAGUCAAUUCAAAUAAAUUUUUAGACAUUAUGCGGAUCAACAUUUAAUUUCCUCGGGGCAAUCGUCCGAGUUCUCUCCAGUUUGCCUAUCAUUCCUAUUCCAAUCCGAUUACCGUUACUUUACACAGGUAGGUUACUGUAUUAUGGUGAUUAAGUAAACUUCAGGGCAGACAAUUGCGGCCAUGUCCCAGCCAUUUUUCCUCUGUUUGUCCCCAAAAGUGGCCGAAUAUUGGUUCUCCGAUCAUCAGCGGGCUCUGGCCAAUGCCCUCAGUUUCGUUGGUAUGACUUUAUAACGACGCCUUGUUCAUAUAUUAAGUAUGUAUACACUUCUAAUAUUUCAGCAAACCCUCUGGGAGUUGUGGUUGGCUCCAUGAUUCCCAUGAUGUUCGUUUCGAAUACAAAUGCCACCGAAAAUUCCGAUGAUAUCUUGUUUUUGGUAAGGAAGUAAUGAAAUAAUUUUGUUCAAUACUUUUUUCUAGAAUUUUAUGUUGCUGGUUUUAUCGGCAGUUGUAAUUGUUAUGAGUUUCACAAUCAGUUCCUCCAAGCCCCCAACUCCACCAUCCGCCUCCAGUGAAUGCGCCCAUUCUCCGCCGUUCCUUCAAGGACUAUGUCACUUAUUUAAGUGGGUUUCUAACAAAUAAAAUGUUGUCAUUCUAAGAAUCUUAUUUCAAAAUUCUGAGCCUAAUUUUAGAACUCCCGUAUUUUACAUCCAAAUGAUCACUUUCGGGAUGGCUUUUGCCCUCCAAUGGUCGGUGUUUAUAACUGCCGACAAGAUGCUUGGCCUCCUUCAAUACAAGGACAAGGUGAGUAUUAUGUAAAGGACGCAUAAGUAAGGAAUAAUUACAGGUAACCAGCUAUUUGAUGGCCCUUUCUGCAAUCAGCGGCUGUAUUGGUUCGGUUUUGGCCGGGUAUUUUGUGGAUAGGACAAAGAAAUUCAAAGAAGUCAUCAAGACUUGCUAUAUUGGGAUGGCCAUAGCUGCGGUCUCCAUUAAUGUGGUAUGAUCUUUGGCCUUGAUUAUUAUAGAUUACGGAAUAGCUAUGUACUUUAUAAUUUUAGUUUCUCCGACAUCCCAAAGCAAACACAAUGGACGACGUGACCUUGGUGUUGUUGUUGGUCAUCCUCGGAUUCUUCGCCAUUCCCGUCUUCCCGAUUAGUUUGGAAUUAGGAGUAGAAACAACGUUCCCAGUGGCCGAGGCAACUUCCUCCGGGAUUUUGAUAAUUGCGGGGUGAGAAUGGAGAUCAUUUCCUAUAUACAUGUUUAGACAGCUAUUGAUGUUCAUGGUCACCCUUGGCAUGCAGUCACUAGAGUCAUCCAAAUGGAUCUAUCAAUCUGAAAUUGAUUCUUCGCACACUUUGGUCAACUUGUUUGCUAAGAAUUAUCAAUGUAAGACUGCACAUACUUCUAUGACGGAAUUUUUAGUGUCGGUCGAUUUCUGGACAUUAUCAGCAAUUUUUUCGGCAAUUUUCGCUUGUUUAUGCCUUUGGCCACGGUAAGAAAUCUAAAGAAAUUUACUUUUUAUAAUUUUCCUGGAAAUGAUGACUAAAAUUUUUCUUCCAGAUAUCGGCGAUUAGAGUUUGAAAACCGAAAUAUUUACGUCGAUGUGGCUAAUGGCGCCUCUCAAGCCUAG